AGCUGGCUAGAGCGCCGUCUCAUAAAUGAAGCCGUGAUAUCUUCUCUCGGAUAAUUUUUUUGACGCCGAAAUACACUACAUGGUUGCCUAUCCUUAGGUAUAAUACGUUGAUCAAUGGUUAAACCGACAGAAAGAUACAACAGCUCUGUCGAUAUAAUAUUUGAUCGGCCAUUCUUCUGUUACGCCACUGCGUCGUACAGCGUGGUGAUGUCAAAUUUAUAAUUGACAGUUGAGUUGUCAUUUUUUUCUGUAUGAUUUGUUUAUUGUCAAAAUGGUGCGGUUCCGAUAGAUUUGUAGGUAAAUUAAGUGGUUUUUGCCGAAAUAAAACCCAUAAAAAUGACUACGUCGGAGCAAAUUGGUCUCAAUAAAACAUGGGAGCUUUCCUUGUACGAGUUACACCGGACACCUCAAGAGGCUAUAACAGAUAAUACAGAGAUAGCAGUGUCCCCCAGAAGCCUCCAUAGUGAGUUGAUGUGUCCUAUUUGCUUGGACAUGUUGAAGAAAACUAUGACUACAAAGGAAUGCUUGCAUAGAUUUUGCUCUGAUUGUAUCAUUACAGCAUUGCGUUCAGGUAACAAAGAGUGCCCUACCUGUCGUAAAAAACUAGUAUCCAAGCGAUCUCUCCGACCUGAUCCUAAUUUUGAUCUGCUGAUAUCAAAAAUCUAUCCCAGUAGAGAUGAAUAUGAGGCCCAUCAAGAGAGAGUGCUUGCAAAGUUAAACAAGAGCCAUUCUCGUGAGGCUCUUGUACAAAGCAUCAAGGAGGGGAUCAAAAUCCAGUCACAGAAUCGACCUAAUAGAGGAAGGAAGACUAAUGAAGCUGGUGGUAUUGAAAACCAGGACGAGAAUACUUCUAAUGUUGCUAACAAUGCUACUAGCGCCAAUGAAAAUUUACAGUCAUCUCAGCAGCUAAAUGCUCCUCAAUCAACACCAAGUAAUUCUGCAAAUAAUGCUUCUAAUAAUCAAGCACAACCAAAUGCUACUGCUCCAAGCCCAAGUCCUUCUGGUAGAAGUACACCUUCUCAGCCUCCUAGUCCUGUCUCUUCCAGUGUGGGGUCUAUCAGUAAAUCCUUAUCAGGUAAAAGACCAAAGAGUGUGAUGACAUCAGAAAGAAGUGAGGAGAGCGAGUCUAGUGAACGUACUGAGCAGACUGACACAGAAGGGGAGGGUCCUUCUGAACCUAUGACUUUGAAUGAAAUUGAGCUGGUUUUCAAACCCCAUCCCACUGAAAUGUCUGGUGACAAUCCACUUGUGAAGGCACUGAAAGAAAAUUCAAUAAGGUAUAUCAAAACAACUGCCAAUGCCACAGUGGACCACCUGCAUAAAUAUUUGGCCAUGCGGCUGACUCUCGACUUGGAUUCCCAGCUACCCACCACGCAUAGUCUUCUAAACUUUUGUAUCUACAUCUCGCCUGCCACUGGCCAGUACGUGCAGUUAAAUGGCAACCAAACGCUGGGCCAAGUGAAUGAUAAGUAUUGGAAGGUCAACAAGCCAUUGGAGAUGUACUACUCUUGGAAGAAGACCUAGGGAACGCGUAAGGGGCCCAAAAAGGCCCCCUGACCCGAGGGAGGGGGUACGGAGAGUGAAGGGAAGUGAGGUUGAAUGUUGGGAGUGGAAUACACUGAGGGCAUUUUAUUGGUGAAGUAUUUAAUUCAAUUAUUUGGUGCUCAAAAAGCAGAUUGCCUGGAAAGUUUUGUGGAAAUUUUUAAAUGAUUUAAGAUUCUGAUAGUUCUGUGCAAAUGUUCACUUUGCUUUUCCGCUCAUGCCACCAUAUUGGGAAAAUGGCCCCCAUAAAAAGUUUUCUACAAUAUCGUUCCUACUCUUUCAACGGUAAUAUAUGAUGAUGAAUUAAACUAGAGACAAUUUCCUAUAUUGAGCUUUUUUUGGGGUUACAGAUACAGUGUAAAACACUUAUAGGUUCAACAAACUUGCAUUUUUAGCAGGAAUAUUUUGAUCAGGUUUCAAAAAAUCACUGCUUUUGUAUUCUGAGGUUAACUUUCCAGAUUGAAAAAAUAGAUCCCAAAAAGGGCGUUUUUACUAAAUAUUUUCAAUAUCUUUAUUUAGAACAUCUCCGAAGAAAAUAACUCUAUGACAAAUUGAACUAGAGAAAAUUUUAUUGUUCAAACUGUCAAAAUAUUCAAGUCAAACUUCCAAGUUAUUCUAAAAAGUAUUCAUGCAGCAACAAAUGUUCAAUACAUAAAUUGUUUUGGGUGCAGUUUUUCCAAUAUGGUGCGCGGACGGAAAGAUACGAGGUAUCAAAGUAAAAUUUCGGAAAAAGCAUUUCGUAAAGUGCCAUGAACUUUUCAAAGCUAUGCCAAAAUUUUCUAGGUAAAUUUGUAGAUUAUCUCAUUGGAGUAUCUCAGUAUUUUUGCUUCAAUUUAACCGGAAAAACAUAUUUACACAAUUGACUUGUUUUAAAAAUGCAGUGAAGAAAUUCUAUUCGAGGCGAUUUAACAAGGAGGUGAUCUUUCAAGCCAUAAAAUUAUGGACCAUUUAGAAUGGAAAAUGAGUUUUGUAUUUUUGGGAAUAUGCUACGACUCUGUAUCACGUCAGAUGCGGUUCAUAUUUCAGAAUAUUGUUUUACAACAAAAACAAAUUUUAUAUAUCUGUAACUAAGAAUUUGAGUAUGUAAUUUUAUCAAACGUCAAAACAGUUGUAUGAGAACUAUUUGAAAUACAAUCCUUUGAGUUUAAUUUUUGAGGUUCGUGAAUAAUAAUGGCCAUAAUUUUCUGAAAUAGCUCUAAUAAUGUUUUCAUCUUCAACAAUGUACCCCUCAUUGUAUUGCACUUUUUCAAAUUGUAUCUUGUCAGCCAAAAAUAAGCUUUAGAUGUCGAUUUUUAUGAUUUUAUAACAUAUGCAAUUUUUUGCAUGGUUGAUUAAAUUGCAGGAACAAAAUGAUUUAGGAUUGCUUAUGCUCGAUUUUGCUAAUCCGAGACGCAAAAUUUGUGCCUAUGGCACCAAUGAGAAGGAGCUUUUGGAGUAAUGGAUCUAAUGAAUAUGGUCGAUUUCUUGUAAAAUAUCCCUCAAACUAGAGAAAAAUGAUACGAUUUGUGUAAGAUUCUAAUUCUCUUAGUAAAUUAAAAAAUAUUUCGUAUAUCGCCUAGUUUAGCCACAUUUUUUCAUUUGCAUCCCGGCACAAAAUUAAUUUGUGACCCGGACACAAAUUCCACCAAUCGAAAAGAAGGGUUUCCAUUAUCGUCGUAAAUUCAACCCAAUAAGAAGUAUUUCGGGUCUACCCGUCAAAUUAUAUCAUUGAUAUUCGUCCUUGCUAUUCUGCUUAAUAAGCUAAAUCUGAAGACAAAUACAAUUACAGAAUGCUUAUUCCUUAACAAACAUCGAGAAAAUAUUCAAUUUAUUUAACUACCUUGCGAAAAACCCUGUUUGUUUCUUUCAGUUUUAUGCUCAACACCUGUUUAGCCUGGCGCUAAUUUUUCUGGUAUUCACAAUACCGCUGGCGCAAUCUGCUGACACCCUGGCAAGCUUGGCUGAAAAAUGGCGUCGUCGUUCUACUUCUCUUACCGUAGCCACGGUGUCGGUAAAUAGCGCCAGGGUAAUCUGAGAAGCCAAAAAAAUUGGCGCUAAACACCUGUUGACCAUAAAACUGAUUAAAAAAAACGGGUUUUCGAAGGCUAGUCAACUGAAUUAUAUAUUUGCUCGAUGUUUGUGGAAGAAUAAGCAUUCUGUUAAGUUUAUUUAUGUAUUCAAUGAAUGUAGUAAGCAAAAUUUUAUUGAACAAUGACAAGAAACAAUGCUCUAAUUUGACUGACCUGUUACUAAGCAGUAAAGAAAAAAAAUGCAUCCUUUUUUCAAUUUCAGGUAGUAACACUAUUAUUUUCGAUAAAAUGCUCACUAAUUGCUGUCUUAUCGUUUUUGUAGCUAAACCAGGUAAUUUAUGAAGUAUUUCUUGAUUUGAUAUGAGAAUUAGGAACCCAUAUUACACAAUUUUUCCCUAGUUUGAGGGACAUAUUUUACAAGAAAUCGGACGCCUCCUCAUUGGAAUUUGUAACAUAGGCGCAAAUCUCGAUUCCCGCGGAUUAAUAGUAAAAUCGGGCCUCAUAGAUUCUAGAUGUAUCGUUUGUAAUAUUUGGAAACAAUGACUGUAUCAAAUUUUUUGUAAUUCAUAUCCAUUGACAGGUAUAUCAAAAUAAGUGUAACAAAAUAUAAAGUAGAAGAUUGUAAUCGAAUUUGUUAUGAUGUUAUUAUCAAGUUAUACCAGUAUUAUGAAAAUGCAAUUUCUGUAAUUCUCCAUAGGAUGAAGGUAUUUUUUACCUUUACAAUUGAUUGAUUAAAAUUCAGCAUUUGCUGGCGUAUAAUGAACUUUCUAUGUGUGAUAUUUAUAUUAUAUUCCAAUUACAAUUCUGAAUAACUUUGGGAAUUUACAAUAGUA